GUGGCCAAAACCCGGCUACAAUGCCAUCGUCAGGCGUCUUGUCAAGCCACGCAGAGCCAAUUAUUCCAAAGUCUGAUGUAUCGGAUAAGCAAACAUUGCUAGCAGUGCUGCAGUUUUUGAAGAAAAAUAAUUUAAAGGAUACUGAGGAGUUACUAAAGCGUGAGGCCGGGAUAAAAGAUGAUGAAGUCACACCUCAUUCAACUACAGCAAGUGAAAGUGAUGUUUCUCAUGCCCUGGCUGCUUACAAAAGUUCUGAUGACCCUAGUCUGUAUAGUGACUACUAUACUGACCUAAAAUCUUUCAUUGAUAGCUGUCUUGAUGUCCACAAGGUGGAGCUUGCCGUGAUCUUGUAUCCUGUGUUCGUUCAUAUGUACCUAGAACUGGUAUAUAAUGGACAUGAAAAUCAUGCCGUUGAGUUUUUUGAAAAAUUCCAUUCUGACCAGGAGGAUUAUUAUCAGGACGAUCUCCGACAGCUGUCCACUGUGGUGAAGCGGGAACACAUGCAAGGAAACACACUCAUGGAGAACUUUAAAUCAAGCAAGUUUGUGAUCAAGAUGUCGCGAGAUUCUUAUAUCCAUCUGAAGCGACGCCUACAAGAAAAGAAGAUGAAACCCCUGCUUAACAUUGUACAGGAACAUCUAUUUGUGGAUGUUUUUGAUGGCAUGCCGAGAAAUAAACAGCAGAUCCAGUUAUCAAGUGGAGCUGUCCUUGGAGAGUCGGAGCGGGAAGCCAACAGAGUGAAGGUUUACUACGGCCUACUCAAGGAGCCAGACAUCAACAUUCCCUUGGAGGAGGAGGAAGAAGCAGGGGAGGGCGAUGAUAAACCCAAGAAAAAGAAACAGAAGAAAGACCCUUUACUGAUGAAAAAGUCUAAAAAUGAUCCCAAUGCUCCACAGAAUAACAGAAUACCACUACCAGAACUGAAAGAUAGUGAUAAGAUAGAGAAGAUUACAGUGUUUCGUGAGGCAACAAAACGAGUGAAGGUCAACUCCACCUGCAUGCCGUCUAUCUGCUUUUACACUUUGCUCAACUCAUUUCAGGGGGCAACUUGUGUGGAGAUCAGUGAAGAUUCAAGUCUUCUUGCUGCGGGAUUCUCGAACUCUGCUAUCAGGGUAUUUAGUCUGCUGAAUUCAGUGAAGCUACGCACUAUGAAAAAAUCCAAAGACCUUGACAUAAUCGACAAAGAAGCAGAGGAUGUUCUAGAGAGAAUGAUGGAUGAUCGGACAGCUAGUGAGUUUAAGGUUUUACUAGGACACAGUGGUCCUGUAUACGCCACAAACUUUAGUCGCGACCGAAAGUUCCUGAUUUCAGCCUCGGAGGAUGGUACAAACCUAUGUUGUGCUUUAUUCCACCCAAACAGUAAUUACAUAGCAACAGGGUCAAGUGAUCGAGUAGUCAGAAUGUGGGACAACUUGACCGGCAACUGUGUCCGAAUUCUCACUGGACAUAAGGGAGCUGUACAAGUAUUGUGUUUCUCACCGGACGGGAGAUUCCUCGUCUCCUCAGGUGUGGAUCGCUGUGUACUAUUGUGGGACAUUUCAAGUGGAAGUUUAUUAGCCAACAUGAAAGGACACACAGACACUGUAUACAGUCUGGCAUUUAGUCGUGACGGGGCAGCACUGGCAUCAGGUGGUUUGGAUAAUCACGUCAAGCUGUGGGAUAUCCACAGAGUAUUACAGGAAGUCGAUAUAGAGGCCGACCUCAGUAUCCCAAGCUCCUUUACUGUGAAUGAGAACCCCAAUCUACUUUUUGGAACAUUUCCUACUAAGUCCACUCCAGUUCUAGCUGUCCACUUUACCCGAAGGAACUUGUUACUAGCCAGUGGCCCGCUACAGACUUGAAUGGUCUCAGAACUUCAAGGUUGAGAUAUAGAGGUCACGAUCAAGUCAAAUAUGAACCACUCUAAAGUUCAAGGUCAAGAGGCACUCGCAAUAUUUGGGAGGUCAAGGUCAUCAUGAGACCACAUCCUUGUAGAGGAAAGGAUUAUCUUUUGACAAAGGGAUUUUCUGAUCGGGGACGAGUUCAGAUUCUUAACUGAGAUUUUAUCUUGAAGUAGAGGAUGGAUUCGACUCACUCUUUCGGGCAUUACAAAGAGACAAUGAGAUCUGAUCGGAGGUCUGCUCCCUACCUGAUGAUAUUGAGUGUCACACACAUAGGAAUAAUCACCAUUUGUAAAGCAUUAUACUUCUGCUCAGAAUCUGUACCGGUAUUUAAAACUGAUGAUCAGUCAAAGUGUCACAAGAGCUGACCUUUUUAUCACUCAUUGUUAUUGUCAUGAUUAUAACAAUAGGCAAUGGAAGCUGGACCACAAAUCACACAUUGUUAUUGUCAUGAUUAUAACAAUAGGCAAUGGAAGCUGGACCACAAAUCACACAUUGUUAUUGUCAUGAUUAUAACAAUAGGCAAUGGAAGCUGGACCACAAAUCACUCAUUGUUAUUGUCAUGAUUAUAACAAUAGGCAAUGGAAGCUGGACCACAAAUCACUCAUUG